AUGAGCAAGAUGCAUCACAGUGAGAGCCGUGUGAGGCUCCGGCGCGAGUUCUCCCAGCUUCCGAUUACAGCUUUGGACUUCUAUACAUCUCGCUUAGGCAACGUCUACCUCUUGGCAGGGGAGGACACGCGACUGACCGUGUAUGCUGUGGAACCCGCAACCGAGCAGCAUUCGCUUUGCUGGAGCGAGGCCGUCUUUUACGACCAGCCCCUGCACGGCAUACGGGUGCAAGAGCCGCGCAAUGGCGAGACUCCGCGGGUCAUCGUCUGGGGCUCGUCGGAUGUCGCGGUGCUGGACGUGUCCGCGCUCGACACGGAGGCCAAGACGGUCGAUGUCGUAGCCAGGGGGACCGCCCCAGACUGGAUCUACGAUGCUGCCGCCUCCCCGUGGGACUCGUCUCUCGCCGUCGUCAUUACCGCGCACAAUGAAGUAGUCCCUGCCCGGAUAGACGCGUCGGGGACCGUCACAUUCGGCGCCCUGACGUCUCCAUCACGGCCGAUGCUCUACAACGGCCGUCUCGCAUGGCUGUCGCGAGACACCCUGCUCGUCGCAGCUGGCACCGUGUUUGGCGACGUCGUGGUCUGGAAGUAUCACUUCGCCAGCGACGAAAUGAGCCGUGGGAGGCACGACAUGAUGUGUACCCUGACGGGCCACGAAGGGUCCAUCUAUGGCGUGGACAUAUCUCCUGAGAUUACAAGACCUGAUGGAGAGUCAGUACGACUGCUGGCGAGCUGCAGCGACGACAGAACCAUUCGUAUCUGGGACGUUGCGACGGGAGAGCAGGCGACUCCGUCAGACGCGGGGCCUAGCGAGGUUACCGAGACGGGUUUCAGGCCGACGCCGGAUUACGACGCUCAGGCGACUGGCGAAGAUGCGGUGCGGCCUGUCGCAACGGCUAUGGGACACGUCUCGCGUAUUUGGGGAGUCAAGUUUGGACUAUCAGACGCCUGCGACACCUUCGGCUCAAAUAUUCCCGUGUACUCGUUUGGUGAAGAUUCCACGGCUCAGAGAUGGCAACUCGAACUGGACUCUGGGGCGGAUCAGGGGAAGAAGCUGUCGGGCAAGUUGGUCCACAAACAGACGUACUCGCUGCACAACGGCAAGCACCUCUGGGCGGGUGCCGUGCUGUACCGCGACGAGGCGACACUCAUCGCAACGGGGGGCGGAGACAGCAAGAUUGGCUUGAUCACAGAACCACGCCCAGGACAAUCGACAACGCAGACUUCGCCUCGCGGCGUUAUCACAGUCGACAUUCAGGACGUCCUCGACUCAGCACAAGCCCGCCCGGCUGCUGGCCGCGAAAUGAUCAGCCGCUACGACUUUGUAAAAGAGGACCAGAUUCUCGCCAUCACCAACUUGGGGCGCCUCUUCAUCGGAGCUUUGGGCGACGGUAUAGCUUGGCAAGAGGUCACGGCGAGCGAUGAGCUUACUGCCGAGUUGAAGCUCACAUACGUCUUCCGCGUGGUGCAUGACGGAGCUGCUAUACUUGGCACGACUGACGGCACAAUUUUCUACGUUAGGGGGGCGGAGCAAAUCACUCGUGUGACUCGAGUUCCCGGCAGAGUCAUCGAUGUUAGUGUCCUCUCGAAAGGGGCUUCAGCAAGGGACAGCGACUCCCCUGUGGAGAUACUCGUACACUUGCACGGAACCUCGGAGUCCUGUUACAUUACUAUCGACUUCAACGGCGUGGCUUCAAGUUCCUGCCAAACCAAAGGCCUGGAUAGCAGGUUUGUGGCCACAUCUGCAGCAAAGAUCGGCGAGCUUCUCAUCAUGGGAUCUCGCCAUGGCUGGAUAUCGCUGCUCCGGAAACAAGGGGACGCCUGGAGUCCAGUCUACGAUCUCGCGACGCGAAGCCGCGAUGCCAUCACCUCAAUCGUUGCACUUCCUUCCAAAACCGACCUUUCAACUCCUUCGAAAUACUUCCUUGCGACGAGUCGUGACGGCAAGUAUCGCAUCUACGAACUCGAGCAAGAAGGACAAUCGCCGCAAAUUCAUCUCCUGCACGAGACAGCGCCGCCGUUUGGGCCCAUGAUAGAAGGCGCUUGGUUCACUCACGAUGUCCAGGAUCCGGAGCUGGUCCUGUACGGCUUCCGCAGCAAAGACUUUGUCAUUUGGAACGAGACACGGAGGGAAGAGGUCGCGACGGUCGAGUGCGGAGGCGCGCACCGCACCUUUCGACUUUGGAGCAGUGCCUCGGAUCCCGGGCGGUAUCACUUUGCCUUUACUAGGACCUCGAAGCUGUCCGUCUAUUCGCAGGCACGGACGCCACAUUGUACGCUCAGGAACGGGACUCACGGACGCGAGAUACGGGCCCUGAGCUCUCGUGGGCGGUAUCUUGCGUCCGGCGCGGAGGACACGUCGAUUCGCAUAUGGGAGUAUUGCGAAAGUUCACGGCCCGGGCAGAGGGAGAUGCGUUGCCUGGCGUCCAUCAAGUCGCAUGUCACCGGUAUCCAGCGGCUUCAGUUCUUGGACGACGAGUAUCUGUUCAGCAGCGCCGGAAACGAAGAGUUCUUCGCCUGGAGGAUACGUGUCUUGGAUUCCGCGUACCGCGGGCUGGCGAUCAUGUGCGAGGGCGUGUUUUCAGACAAGAGCCCGGUCGGCGACUUGCGCAUCAUGGACUUUGACGUUUGCAGAUGCGAUUCUGGGGACGGCAUGCUGGUCACGCUGGCCUUUUCCAAUUCCGCGGUCAAGACAUACCGCUACUGGCCGGGGGGCAGGUUUGAGCCCUACGCGCAGGGGUUCUACACGGGGGCCUGUCUCACUCAGGCACGGCAUCUUGGCGUUUGCGGGGGCAACGGCUGGAUCAUGACCGCAUCCACGGACGGGCACCUCGCCCUGUGGAGGGAUGCGGCCGACGCGGGGGGCAGCAGCACCAGGACGUACGCCCUUGCAGAGGCGGCGCAGGUGCAUCAGAGCAGCAUCAAGAGCCUGGACAUGGUGAGGCGAGGGGAGGAUGCAUUUACUAUCGUCACUGGCGGAGACGACAACGCACUUGGCCUCGCCACAGUCUUGAGAAAGGAUGGCGAGAAUGGGUUUAGGAUAGGAGGGCGAGGGAUCGUACGGCGCGCACACGCCGCAGCAAUCAACGGCGUCGUGCUUGCGGGCGACGAAGGCGACGAAGACGGCAUCACGGCCGUGAGCGUGAGCAACGAUCAGCGCGUCCGGGCAUGGAGGAUCAGCGCCGCGGGCGACGACGAGCGCAGGGUCGAGCUCGUGGGCUCCGUGUUCAGCGGCGUCGCGGAUCCAGGAGACGUGGCGUGCGUCUCCAUCUCCAGGGGCAGCGGCAGCGGCAGCGGCAGCGGCAGCGAGCGCGAGCGACAACGGCGCGUGGUGCUGGGCGGCGUCGGCGUCGAGGUAUGGAAUCUAGAGGCCAUGAAUUGA